GUUGGUUUCCCAACGGCUUUUUUGAACUAAAAAAAUCUUUUUUUUAAUGUCGUAAAUAUUUUAUUUGGUGGAGAAAACAGUUUGGAAAAUAACAGAAACGAUAAUUUGGUGGAUUACUUCAGAACAUCUGUUUUGUGAGUUCUAAACAAAGGAGAACCUGUUGUACAUAUGUGAAGAAAAUUCUGGUUCCUUCUGGUUUUGCAGAUUUUCAAAAUGGCUGCCGCCUUGACCCGGAUCUUCCCUCUGUUGUCUCAUUGGAUGGAUGGAGACAAAGACAAACUGCUCCGGAACUUGGACUUGUGGCAGAAAAACCAAAAACCGGUUGUUUUACGUACUUUUGAUGGCAUGAAUAAAAGUUCCCUACUUUUCCAGUGUGCCAUUUCUUAUGCCAAAGAAGGAAACCACGUCACCUACAUUUGUCAAGAACCUUUCACACAUCUUCCAUUGACCGUUCAUGGAAUGUCAAAACCAAGCUCUGCCUCUCUUGGAAUGGUGAAAUUUAUGUACCUGAAGACCUUACCUGAGCUCUAUGACUACUGCGCCUCCAUCCACCAGUCGGUUCUCUGUCCUCAAGUCAUUAUCUUAGAUGGAAUCCAUUUCUAUGUGCAGCAGACAAAAAGACAACAAUGUGGAGAAGAACAAGAAGCUGCCCAACUCUGUGCCAUGUUGGUGGAUGCUGUUCAAUAUUGUCACACAAGGAACAGUUCCUCCAAGACAUUCGAUGAAACCCAGUCACAACUGAUAAUUUCGUGCAAAGACUCCAAACAUCUCCUUCCGAUAUUCCAGAAACUGAAUUUCCAGAUUAUUUCAUCAAAAGUGAAAGGGGACGAAAGGAGAAUCACAGAAAUGGCGGUGGAGACAAUGGAAGAGAAAAUCUUCCUCAGUUAUUCUGUGGAACCAGCAGAAGGAAUCUACUUGAAGGACAUAAAAUGUAUUGCAAAGGAAUGAAUGUUACAGAAUCUCAUCGAUGACAGACAUUUGAAAUUUAAAAGAACUGGAAGGGGUGGAGGGGAGGAGGAACAAAACAAAAACAAAAAAGAAACAAUGAGAGAAGUUCCUUAACCAAUUCAGAACUAAAUUCUUAAAUGAAGUUCUCAGACUUUGAAAUUGAAAUGAAAUGAAGAAUUCAGUUGGGUUUCAUCUGUUAUCAAGUGUGUCAUGUGUUGUGGUGCAAGAAAUGAUCUCCAGCUGACUCAGUUUCAAUUCUUGCUUAAAUCCACUUCAUUAACAUCACGUGGACAGGCAUGAACAUCACAACUCUGCACACGGUUUUUUGAAUUCCUCUAACAUACGAAACCUUUCUGCUAAGAUCAGCUGCACCCCCCCACCUCCACACACACAUACACACCUCCACACA